AUGCAAAGUGCUUUUUCAGGUUGCGAAUCUUUAAAGUCAAUUGAAGUACCACAAUUAGAAUAUAUUUACCAAUAUGCAUUUAAGGGCUGCUCCAAACUUAAGAGUUUCGAUUUUAGUAAAGUUUAUUGGAUUGGUAGUAAUGCAUUUUAUGAAUGUAAAUCAUUAACAUCAAUAUCCAUUACAAAUACAACCACGAUUUCGGAAGAAGCCUUUGCUUAUUGCAGUUCGCUUAAAUCAGUUGAUCUCAGUGGAUUAAAAGCUAUUCCUGAUAAUAUUUUUGGCUACUGUUCCAAUCUCAAAGAGAUUAAAUUCAAUCCAUCAACAUUAUCAAUUGGAGAAAAAACAUUCCAUUCAUGUGGUUUCAAGGAGUUAACAAUUCCUGAUUCCAUUUUGUAUAUUGGAGAAUACGCUUUCUACAAUAAUACUAAGCUGAAAAAAGUUACACUCGGUAAGGGCUUAGGUAAAUUUGAACAUAACUGGUUUGAUAGAUCCUCAAUCAAAACAAUUGUUAUUCCAUCGUCAAUCAAGGACAUUCAUCAAGAUGCCUUCCAAUAUCUUGAUAAUGUAAAGAUUGAGUUUUCGGAAGACAAUGUAGCAUACAGAGUUGAAGAUCAAGCACUUAUUGCAAACGUAAAUGAUUCUUUAAUUGUAACACUUGGUAUAUUAAGUAAGGUUUACACUGUUCCAAAAUCAGUCAAGAUUAUUACUGCUAAUUCAAUUCGUAAUGAACAUUCGGCAGAUUUAAUGGAAUUAUCUGGUAGUGGACCAUCUCUAAAAUAUCCAAGAGAUCAAAAUGGAGGAAUUGCUGGUUCCGCAAUUCUAAAGAUUCCUCAAGGUGAUAUUAUAUCCAUGCAACAACCUACUAGGUACUUCUUAAGAAUUUGCUAUAAAGAUGACAAACGGACUGACAUUGAGAAUGAUUACCUCCCUACUUAUAGUGUUCUUGACGCUAGAUAUGCCACUGAAAAUUAUCAUUAUGAUACUUUGAUUAGCUCCAAAUAUUUUUCAACAGGGGAAUGUUCUGAAAAAUUAACUGAUGAUUACAAAUGGCGGCAUAUUGAAGGCCUAAGUAGUCCAGAAAUCGGUUUAAUUGCUUUCAUAGCUGUGGCAGGUGUAAUAUUAAUCGUCCUAAUUGUAUUAUACCUUCUUCCAUUAUGCAAGCACGACGUAUGA